CGCGGAGGAAAUAGCAGGACGGGAAGCAGGAAGUACUGAUCGGGGCGGAGAAGUGUGUCCAUUAUAAUGAGAGCGCCGCUGCUCCGCUCCUCGCUCGGCUGCUUGGCGACUCUUUUCGGUGCGUCUCCGGCGUCCAGCAUUGAUAAGGGGGUCAGACGCACAGCAGCAGCAGCCCUGCCACAUCUGUGUUAUUCCAGAAAAGCCAUGCAUUAUCAGACAGAGGAGCGAGGACACCCGAAUUCUGCAGACUACCGCAUUUAUUUUAAAACCUCUGAUGGGAAAUACAUUUCACCUUUCCAUGAUAUUCCGCUUGUAGCCGAGUCAGAUCAGAAUGACGACGUGCCAGCUAAAAAACCCAAGAGCGAGAGAAAGGUGCUGUACAACAUGGUGGUGGAGGUGCCUCGGUGGUCCAACGCCAAAAUGGAAAUUGCAACAAAGGAGCCGCUGAAUCCGAUCAAACAAGACGUGAAGAAGGGGAAGCUGAGAUAUGUCGCCAACGUAUUUCCCCAUAAAGGAUACAUCUGGAACUACGGGGCCCUCCCACAGACCUGGGAGGAUCCCAACCAGAAAGACGAAGAGACGAACUGCUGCGGUGACAAUGAUCCCAUCGACGUUUGCGACAUUGGCACCCAGGUGUGCUCUCCGGGUCAGGUGAUCCAGGUAAAGGUUCUGGGCAUCCUGGCAAUGAUCGACGAGGGAGAGACGGACUGGAAGGUCAUCGCCAUCAACGCGGACGAUCCAGAUGCCGAAAAGCUCAACUGUAUCGAAGAUGUUCGCAAGAGCCGACCAGGUCAUCUGGAGGCUACCGUUGAAUGGUUUAGGAAAUACAAGGUACCCGACGGAAAGCCUGAAAACCAGUUUGGAUUCAAGGGGGAAUUCAAAGACAGGGAUUUUGCUGUUGAGAUCAUUAAAUCCACCCAUGAGCACUGGAGGGCACUUGUGCACAAGCAAACAGAUGCAGGAGGGAUUGAAUGCAAAAACUUGUCCUGCUGUGACAGCCCGUUCCGGUUCAGCGCCGACGAGGCCCGAGCCAUCGUUAAGUCGGCUCCUGCUCUUGGUAGUGCACAUCCCGUUCCUUCAGAAGUAGACAAGUGGCAUUUCGUAUGAACUCCGGAAGUCUCCUGGGAACCACGAAAAGGUCUCAACGUGAAGUAUCACUAAACCUGCAGCGUAUUUUUUUGAAUGCAGGUGGAUUUAUUUUUCUACGUACUCGCAGUGGCGUAACGUGCCAAUUACAUGUAAUGUCAUCGAGAAGGAACAAAUGGCAGAUAGGGACUGUAGGGGUCAGCAGACAUGCAACCCUAUGGAGUUUUUGGAUGGUGUGAUUUUUCUUUUAAAAAAUACUCUAAAUUGGUUGUGCACUGGUGUAUUUAAAUUUUUUUUUUGGUGAUGCUCGGGGAAAGGUGCACACUAAUCUGUCUGCAAUCACCAGAAAUUGGCCAGAUUUUUCAGCUACAGACAUUUUGUACACAGUAAAAAACACGUUUCUAAUGCUGAAUAAAUGAAUAAAGCAA